CCAGAACAGAUCAAAAAGUCAAAUGAAAUCAGAGUGAAAAGAGUAAAAAAUUGGUUCGAGUCAAGCCGGUGGCGGAGCUGUUUACCCUCUUUACUCGGGAACCACAUACGAGGAUCGAUUUGAUUUGCAGUAUCCAGUUGUUGAUUUAUAUGGUUAGUUUCAUAACUCACUAGAACUCUAAUAAAGAAACGUAUUCGCAAGUCCUUCUCACGUCGUUUUAGGGAGUACAAAUUAGACUUAUUCCUUUAUUUCGUACUGAGUAUUCUUCUUCAACUCUUUAAUAUUGUUUCGACGACCAGAAUUGCUUCCUCUGGAAAAGUGAAGAAUCCUACAUUCGGUUUUAGUAUUAUUAUUAGUUCUAGGGUUACUAAUUGGAAACUCUGCUGGUGGUUAUUGAGUUGGAGAUUUGGAAUCUCUGGGUGGUCUAACUUGGUUGACUUGGAAGUUUCUAGGUUUAAUUUGGUAUCUAAAAGUGAUUUUGAGUUGAUUUGCAGUUUUAAUGGAAGUAUAUUGGAGUAAUUGUACUAAGUUCUGAAAGUGUUUAGCUUGAGAUGUAGGAGAAAGAUUGUGACUAGAUUUUUCAAGAUGAAGAUAUUAUCAGGAGUUCUUCUCAAUUGAUUUGUAUAAUCUUUCAAAUUAAUAUCUUUGUUCUUGAAAAUGGCUUCUUCUCCUGCUUUGGUUCCACCUAUUUCAUCACCUCCUCCUACAGAUCCUACUACAAAUUCACCACCACCCACUACAGUUCAACCAAAUGCAACAUCUGAUCCACCAGCCCCUUCAACUCCAUCCACACCUUCAGCGCCACCACCUCAAUUGCCUCCUACUCCCAUUCCUGGUGCAUCUCCACCCAUUCCUGGUGCACCUCCACCUUUACCCUUGUCGCCUCCACCCAUACCAUUGUCACCUCCACCACCAUCAACAUCACCACCACCUCCCGAUCCAUUGCCUCCAACUUCUCCACCUGUUCUCACUCCUCCACCAUCUUCCCCUCCAGUUGUGCCCUCACCACCUCCUCCAGUACUAUCACCACCACCUCCCACUGAAAGUUCACCUCCCACAGUUCCUCCUUACCCUCCCUCCACACCACCUCCCUCCACACCUCCCCCUCAAACAAUUUCCCCUUCUCCACCACCACCUGAUGUUUCCUCUCCCCCCCCUAGUUUUCCGCCGCCAUCAGCUAAUCCACCUGGAAAUUCACCUCCAGCAUCUGAUAAUUCACCACCUCCUCCUCCUACGAAUAGUCCACCUCCCCCAUCUGAUCCUGCAUCUCCACCCCCCACAAAUUCCCCUCCAAAAGCACCUCCACCACUUUCACAACCAACACGUCCUACUCCAUCUCCUCCUGCUCCUUCUUCAAAUUCUACAGGCGGUGGAUUACUCCCAAAUCCAAAUCCAAGUCCUAAAGUUCCUGAUUCACCGCCACAAGCUUCUGCAGGUAAUAAGGGAAGUAAUUCAACUACCAUAAUAGCUAUCACUGUCACAGUAUGCAUUGUAGCGGUUGUUCUCCUUUCCUUAGCUUUCCUGUAUUGGAGGAGACGAAAGAAAAGAAAUGCUGGAUAUCAUGGUGGCUACGUUUUGCCUUCUCCUUUCGAUUCUUCCCCACGGUCGGAUCUAUCUUUGUUUAAAUCCCAGUCUCCAGUUCCUCUAAUAGGAAGUGGACCAAGUGGUGCAGCUAGUGAUUUUGCACAUUCACCACCAGAUCAUGGUGGAUUAAGCAACUCAAGGGCAUUGUUCACAUAUGAAGAACUGUUGGAAGUUACAGAUGGGUUUUCAGAUCGCAAUCUUUUGGGAGAAGGCGGUUUCGGUUGUGUCUACAAAGGAAAUUUGGCUGAUGGAAGAGAAGUGGCUAUAAAACAAUUAAAGAUUGGUGGUUCGCAGGGAGAACGUGAAUUCAGAGCUGAAGUUGAGACGAUUAGUCGUGUACAUCAUCGUCAUUUGGUUUCACUUGUAGGGUAUUGCAUAUCUGAUAAUCAAAGACUGCUUAUUUACGACUUUGUUCCAAACAAUACCCUAUAUUUUCAUCUCCAUGGGGAAAAUACAGCGAUGGAUUGGGCAACUCGACUUAGAGUUGCCACUGGUGCAGCUCGUGGAAUAGCUUACCUGCACGAAUAUUGUCAUCCUCGGAUAAUACACAGGGAUAUCAAGUCAUCGAACAUUCUAUUAGAUAAUAAUUUUGAUGCUUUGGUUUCAGAUUUUGGGCUUGCAAGGUUGGCAUUGGAUGCAAAUACACAUGUUUCCACUCGUGUAAUGGGAACCUUUGGAUACCUGGCUCCUGAAUACGCAUCUAGUGGGAAGUUGACUGAAAAGUCUGAUGUGUACUCAUUCGGGGUUGUGCUGCUAGAAUUAAUUUCCGGGCGCAAGCCUGUGGACGCAUCUCAACCUUUAGGAGAUGAGAGCCUGGUUGAAUGGGCUCGGCCAUUACUUAGUGAUGCACUUGACAAAAGAGACUUUGAUGGAUUGGUGGACCCAAAGCUCAAAGGAAACUAUGUACCAACUGAGAUGUUCCGGAUGGUUGAAGCAGCUGCAACGUGUGCGCGGCAUUCAGCUACGAAGAGACCUAGUAUGGGUCAGGUGGUGAGGGCUUUAGAAUGUAUAGAUGAUGAUUCAGAUAUAAACAAUGGAAUGAGGGCAGGCGAAAGUGAGGUGUUUGAUUCAAGACAGCAGUCUGCUGAGAUCAGGUUGUUUCAAAGGAUGGCAUUUGGCGGUCAGGAUUACAGUACUGAUUUUUUUAGUCGAGGUAGCUAUACUUGAUAGUACAGUCAUUGGCAAUCAUCAUAGAGAGGGAGGGAGGGACGGAGAGACUGGUCUUUCUAGAUCUUUGAAGGAACAAACUGAGAUGUAGGAUUACCGGAAGGUAAAUCUCCAUUUCUUAAAAACAAAAGUUACCCAUGGUAUAUCUGUCGAUUUAGUUGUACAUGUUACGCUGCAAGUAGGACUCAAAUAUUUGUAGAUCUGUUUAUAGGUUAGGAAACCUGGUCCCUGGGUAUGAAACUCUGAGUAAGAUCACGUUACCAUGUUCUCUACUUCUCUCCACUGCCACAUAAUUUUUCUUUCCCCCCUCCUUUUUUAUAUAUUUUUAUUAUGCAAAUUUUCUUUGCUAUCAAUAUUUUUUGCAGAGUUCUUCUUAAUAAAUGGUUAUUCUUUUUGUUUAUUUA